UUCCCAUCUUCCUCCAUGUUGAAUUAGAAUUGAACAGAGUUAGUUUCCAUGUUGAAUUUUGAGAAACGGAAGAAGAAAAAAAGAAAUAUAUCAUGCAUACAAAAUCGGAUUAGAAUGUAAUUUGGAGAUAAUCGGAUUAAAGAUAUAUCACUUCAACUAAUUUGGAGAUAAUUAUGAGAUUAUAAUGUACAUUCAGUUCCAGUUCCUUUAAUUAAGAAAUUAAUAUCUGUCAUUAUUAUGGAAGGCACUUUGCAGAUAACCUGUUUGAUUAAAUUCCCCAAAGAGCGUGGCAGUUUUUAAUCACUAAAACUUUUGGGAACUUAGCAGUAAGAAUGUCAACAAUGGCUCUGGGUAAUGUUUGUUUGCCAAAAAUCAAGACUUGUGAGCUCUUUGGAAUUUGUAUACAUCAUUCAUAUACCACUCUUCCUGUCCAAAUUAAAAGCUUAAACAUGAACCCAUUGGUAAUUCAAGCUACAGCUAAAGCUAAUUCUCGGACUGAGAGUGCUAAACUUCGAAAUAGGCGAAUUAGAAAAAAGUAUAAUGGCACUCUUGAAAAACCAAGACUUUCAGUCUUCUGCUCAGAAAAACAGUUGUAUGCUACACUGGUAGAUGACCAGAACAAGAAGUGCUUGUUUUACGGAAGCACUUUGCAAAAAACAAUCCGCGGUGAUCCACCUUGCAGCACCAUAGAAGCAGCGGAACGUGUUGGUAAGAAACUAGUGCAGACUUGUGUUGAUCUUAACAUCGAUGAAAUUUCAUCUUAUGAUCGCAAUGGUUUUGCUCGAGGAGAAAGAAUGGAAGCCUUUGAGAUUGCCAUUUCUCGACAUGGUUUCCUGUUCAAAUAGUUCUUCCUUAUUUCUAUGUGAAUUUUGUAUAGCCUUAAUGAGUUUGAAGCUCUUACCUUUUACAAAAGGGAAAAUACGCCUCAACAUCAUUUAAUAGCUAGUUUUACCCUUUGUUAUCCUUCGAUAUGUGGCGUAUUUAGAGGUCUUUGCUCGGUGUGUAGAUAAGGGGAUGUUAUUGCACAACAUAAACACACGUUAAAUGAGUUUGACAAUGCUUUUAUUAUUUUAACAUGUGCAAUUAGAAUUUUGACCUAAAAA